AUGGCGGAUCACGAGGUUCAGGCUGCUCCUCCCACCUACUCCAGCAAUGAGGUCCAGCAGAUCGUCGUGACCGACGACAAGGCCGCCCUCGACUUCAAGGAUGGCGCUCCCACCCCCGAUGGCGAGGAGCCUAACGACGACGAGAAGCGCUCCCUGCGCCAUGUCGCCGAAAACCUGCCCGUCUCCGCCUGGCUGGUCGCCAUUGUCGAGCUGUGCGAGCGUUUCACCUACUACGGCAUGUCCGGUCUCUUCCAGAACUAUGUCCAACACCCGCUCGACGGCAGCCAGGGCCGCGGUGCCCUGGGCAUGGGUCAUCAGGGUGCCACCGGUCUCACCACCUUCUUCCAGUUCUGGUGCUACGUGACCCCCAUCCUGGGUGCCAUCGUCGCUGAUCAGUACCUCGGCAAGUACAAGACCAUUGUGUGGUUCUGCGGUAUUUACCUGAUCGGUCUGCUCAUCCUCGUCUGCACCUCCAUUCCGACUGCUCUCGAGCACGGCGCCGGUCUGGGCGGUUUCAUUGUCGCGAUUCUCAUCAUUGGUUUGGGCACUGGUGGCAUCAAGUCCAACGUCGCCCCCCUGAUCGCCGAUCAGUACAAGCGCAAGAAGAUGGCCCUCAACACUCUCAAGUCUGGCGAGCGUGUCAUCAUUGACCCGUCCCUGACCAUCCAGCGCAUCUACAUGAUCUUCUACGGCUGUAUCAACGUCGGUUCGCUCUCCCUGCUGGCCACCCCGUACAUGGAGAAGUUCAUCGGCUUCUGGUCGGGCUACCUUCUGUGCCUGUGCAUGUUCGCCAUGGGUACGCUGGUCCUCCUGCUGGGCCGCAAGUUCUACGUCGUGCGCCCGCCGCAGGGCUCCAUCAUCACCGACGCCUUCAAGGCACUGGGCAUGAUGAUUGUCAACCGCAACAUGGACGCGCCCAAGCCCAGCUGGCAGCUGGAGCACCGCGGCUCGCAGGCCACCCUCCCCUGGGAUGACCACUUCAUCGACGAGCUGAAGCGUGCUCUCGUCGCCUGCCGCGUGUUCGCCUUCUACCCCAUCUACUGGGUCGUCUACGGCCAGUUCUCCAGCAACUUUGUCACUCAGGCCGGCCAGAUGGAGGGCCAUGGUAUCCCCAACGACCUGAUGCAGAACUUCGACCCCAUCUCCAUCAUUGUCUUCAUCCCGCUGCUGGAGACCCUGGUCUACCCCCUGAUGCGCCGCCUGAAGAUCCCAUUCCGCCCCAUCACCCGUAUCUCCCUCGGAUUCGUCGUCGCCUCGCUGGCCAUGAUGUACGCCGCCAUCGUGCAGCACCUCAUCUACUCCGCCGGACCCUGCUACGGCCAUCCCCUCUGCGACGCCAGCAAAGUCGACGGCACCGCCCAGGGCAACAACAUCCACAUCGCCAUCCAGACCCCGGCCUACAUGUUCAUCGGCUCCCCCUCGAUGAAGUCCUUCGUUCAAUCUAUGUACCUCCUGACCAACGCCUUCGGCUCCGCCCUCGCCGAGGCUCUUACUCCUGCCGCCUUCGACCCCGCCGUCAUGUGGAUGUUCGUCGGCCUGGCCUGUGCCUCGUUCGCGGCUGGUAUCAUCUUCUGGCUUGUCUUCCACCACCUCAACGCGCAGGAAGAUGACAUGAACGCUCUGGAUGCGGACGACGAUGCUAUUCCUGCGCCGCGGGAAGAGCGUCGCAACUCGAAGGAGUAA